AUGUCGUUUAUUAACUCAUUGAAAGGUUUUGGCCGAACAAGUAAAAAGAAUAAAGGCUCUCCAACUAGAACUUUCCAAGCGACAACUGUUAAUUCGAUCUACGGUACUCCUCAAGGUAAUGGAUCAAGGCUGUCGCUGAGGAAAGGUAGGUCGCCUACAAGACGCCCAGCUGUUAGUCAGGUUCCUCAGUCACAACAACAGCAACAACAAGUAGAAAAUGAUUCAAUCCAAUCUCAAGAGGUAAUGUUUCUAAGCGAGCCAUUUGUUAGGACCGCUCUGGUAAAAGGUUCUUUUAAAACCAUUGUACAACUUCCAAAAUAUGUCGAUCUUGGUGAGUGGAUUGCUCUCAAUGUAUUUGAGUUUUAUACGAAUUUGAGCCAGUUUUACGGAGUUAUAGCAGAAUACGUGACGCCUGAAGCCUAUCCAAUGAUGAAUGCGGGUCCAAGCGCUGAUUAUCUAUGGCUGGAUGCAAAUAAUAGACAAGUUGCACUACCUGCUGGGCAGUACAUAGAUUUGGGACUAACGUGGAUAAACAACAAAGUUAACGACAAGAACUUGUUCCCUACUCAAAGUGGACAACCAUUUUCAAAGAAUUUCCUAAGAGACAUACAACGAAUAAUGAUCCAGAUGUUCAGGAUUUUUGCCCAUAUCUAUCACCACCACUUCGACAAAAUCGUUCAUCUGUCACUUGAGGCUCACUGGAACUCGUUUUUUGCACACUAUAUCAGUUUUGCGAAAGAAUUUAAUUUCCUAGAUAGAAAGGAGAUGUAUCCACUUGAACCAUUGAUCGAGAGUUUUGAGAUGCAAGGCAAGAUCAUCUAA